GCAUUCACUCCCAGGGAAUGUGAUUCCUUCUCUGGAGAUUUGAAUGAUUGAAGUUGAGCAUCAUUAGUGAAACCCAACUGCUGCUUGACUGUACACCACAGCAAAGACUUCCAAGACCUUUUUCAGUUAAAACAAUAAUGACUUUCUUGGAAUGCACUCCCAAGAAAGCCUAUUUUCUGUCUAGCCUGAAAGAAUACCUAGCCAUUGUCAGCAAUUCUACAAAUACCUUAUAAAAACCACUUUUAACAUAACAUCUAAGUGACUUGGGGUUUGCAUUGGAAACCUUAACAUUUAUACAGAUCAAUUUAUCUUCUGGAAGAUUCAACCACUGCUCUUCAGAGCUGCUGCUGAAGUAUCAUGUCUACGAACUCGGAGUUCAUCAAUCUGUCAUUUUUAUUAGAUCAUGAGAAGGAAAUGAUCCUGGGAGUCCUAAAGAGAGAUGAAUAUUUGAAAAAAGUAGAAGACAAGAGAAUAAGGAAGCUGAAAAAUGAGCUCUUAGAAGCAAAACGUAGAAGUGGAAAGACUCAGCAGGAAACCAGCAGAGUCUGUGUUCACUGUCAAAGAAACCUGGGCCUAAUCUUUGACCGGGGAGACCCAUGUCAGUCCUGCUCCCUUAGGGUGUGCAAUGAGUGUCGGGUAGUGGGACUGGAUGGCAGCUGGAAGUGCACUGUCUGUGCCAAAGUCGCGCAGCUAAGAAUUAUAACUGGAGAAUGGUUUUUUGAAGAAAAGGCAAAGCGUUUCAAGCAAGUCAAUGUUCUGGGCACUGAUGUUGUCCGACAGUCCAUCUUAAGAAGAAGCCCAGGAGCAGAGGAAAUACAAAGCCAAGAGCAAGCCCGACAGAAUGCAGAAAAGUCUGACACUUCAUCUAUUGGACAGAAGGCCAGCCAUGAUGGGCCAAAGAGAAAGGGAUUUCUUCUUAGCAAGUUCCGAUCAGCAACUAGAGGAGAAAUCACAACUCCAAAAACUGAAAGUGGUCGGAGUUACAGCUUGGAUUUAGACAGUCAAACUUUUCGGGGAUCAAAGUCAGCCCCCGGUUCAGACAGGGGAAGCACUGCUUCAUCAGAUCUCAUUGAUCAGGAGACUGGACCUGGGAUCCCAAAAAGCUUCCGGAGCAAUGGUGUAGUCUUGGUCACUCAGAGAUCACCAGCCCCAAGUACACGCAGCACUUCUUCAGUCAGCAGUAGAGAACAUGGUUUUGAAAAUUCCAUGGGUUUGGCUGCGUUUGAAAGCACCUCUGAAAACCUCACAAAGAGCCACCGCAGAAAUACUUCGGGCACACCUUCCAUAGCAGUGUCUGGGGCCUCUGUUUGCUCAGACCAGAGUCGAUCUGAGUUAGAUUUGAGUGGGUCUUUUACAGAAGACUUAGAAGAUACAGAAAGUGUAAGAAGCAGAUCUGUCCCUGGAACUUUAGACAAUGAUUUGAACUCCUUCGAAGAGAUUGAAGAAGGUGUUGAUGACAGAGCAUCGUCCCAGUUUUCUACAAACACCCACAGUCUGGCAAGUGGCCUAUCAACUAAUUCUCAAGCAGGCUCUGACAGGAAGUGGACAUACCUAAAUGUGCCUGAUGCUGAUUCAGACACUACCAGCCUUAACAGCAUGAUGAGUGUUUACAGUGAAACAGGAGACUAUGGUAACGUGAAGGUCAGUGGUGAAAUCCUUCUCCACAUCAGCUACUGCUACAAAACUGGCGGGCUCUACAUUUUUGUCAAGAAUUGCAGAAAUCUGGCCAUAGGAGAUGAAAAGAAACAGAGGACAGAUGCUUAUGUCAAAUCAUACCUUCUUCCAGACAAGUCUCGAAACAAUAAGCGCAAGACCAAAAUCAGAUCAGGCACCAAUCCAGAAUUCAAUGAAACACUGAAGUAUACCAUCAGCCACACCCAGCUGGAAACAAGAACUCUGCAGCUCUCAGUCUGGCACUAUGAUCGUUUUGGACGUAAUUGCUUCCUCGGAGAGGUGGAGAUUCCUUUUGAUUCAUGGAACUUCGAAAAUCCAAGCGAUGAAUGGUUUGUGCUUCAACCCAAGGGAGAGUUUGCUCCUGAUGUUGGCCUUCAGUACAAAGGAGAACUGACAGUUGUUUUACGGUACAUUCCUCCAGAGGAGAACGUGAUGUUUCCACUAAGACAACUUCAAGCUGAUACAGGAAAGAAAUCCUUUAAAAAGGGGAAGAAGAAAGAGUCACCUGUAAUCUCUGGAGGAAUACUUGAAGUGUUCGUCAAAGAAGCAAAGAACUUAACAGCAGUGAAAUCAGGAGGCACUUCUGACAGCUUUGUGAAGGGUUACCUGCUCCCUGAUGAUAACAAAGCCACCAAGCAUAAAACUAUGGUCAUAAAAAAGAGUGUUAACCCUCAAUGGAACUAUACAUUCAUGUUCAGUGGCCUGUAUCCUCAGGAUAUAAAGAAUGUUUGCCUAGAACUUACUGUCUGGGACAAGGAAGCCUUUUCUAGCAACAUCUUUCUUGGAGGAGUUCGUCUGAAUUCUGGAAGUGGUGUGAGCAAUGGGAAGAAUGUGGACUGGAUGGACUCUCAAGGGGAAGAGCAACGUCUUUGGCAGAAGAUGGCUGCCAACCCUGGGAUGCCCGUAGAGGGGGUACUCAUGCUCCGUUCCAGCAUGGGGAAGUGCAGGCCCUGAAGGAAACAAUUCUCUAAGAAUGAAGCCUAUGAAGCCUGUGGUUACAGUUUCCUUUUGAUAGCAAGAUGGGACAGUAGUUUCUGCUGCCCUGUCAUUUCCUACCUAGGGUGUUAGGACAUGAGGGGAGAGAUGUGAAUGUUAUGAACAUUUAGUAUCUUGCUGAGUGCCUAAAACUCAUAUGCUUCUAUAUGCCUAUGGGACUUUCUGAUUGGGCAAUAAAAAAUGUCCCACCCUGUCCUCUCAACAAGCUAAUUGUUCAAUGGUUCAUAGCCUUUAUAACUAUAAUAGAAAUAGCACAAGGUUAUUUGAAAUUGUGAAUGAGAUUGGGAAUCCCCAAUCUUUCUCUAAUUGUGAGU